AUGAUUUGUCUGGCGUGCAAUAACACUAAAUCGCGAGAUGUAGAACAAACAUUGGAUGGAGAUACACUAGAUAUGUUUAACUUUGUGUGCUGUUUGGAUUUAUCACAGCCCGAGGACUCACAGGGGAUAUGUAGUUUUUGCAUAGAGGAAUUAAAAGUAUCAUUUAAUUUUAAAAAGAGAUGCUUAGAAAUUUUCGCUAAUGUAUUUGAUAAUCCAAAUCAUGAUGGAAAAGAACAAAAUGAGGAGGAUGAUGGAAUGGAUUUUAUGGAUUCAAUUCUGGAUCAGUCGUUGCAUGAAGAGGAUGCAUCAAUUAAUUUAAAUGAUUUACUUAUACCGGAAGUAUGCUUGGGUAAUACGGCACUUAGUGCACUCGACAUAACUGAUCAAUCAAAAUGCAGGUAUUGUUUUAAGGAAUUCUCUUCAAAAGAGGAAUGCCAGGAACAUUUAGAACAUCAUAAGGGUGAUGAUAAACCAUAUAAAUGUCCACAUGACGGUUGCGAUAGUCGAUUCAAGGCAAGGAAGAAUCUUAAGGAUCAUUAUUUAGUCCACAGCAAUGAACGUCCAUUUCCCUGCCACUUUUGUGCGCAAACAUUCAAAUCAAGUAGUAAUAGAAGUAAGCAUGAGAGACGUAUACAUACGAAAGAAAGAAAUGCUAUGAAAGCUGCCGAAGCUCAAGAAGGAUUAAAAAAAUUGGAAGUGAAAAUUGGAAAUGAGCUGGAGAAGCAAACUAUCGUUCGAGCAAACAAUUCUCUAGUCCGUAAUGUACAAAAUUCAAGUACCAGAUAUAAGGAAGUAGAUCCACUGGAUUCGGGAGGAUUCUUUAAUGAUGAUGAUGAUCGGAUUUAUGCGUGCGAUCAUGAAGGAUGUAUAAGGAGCUUUAGAACAAGAAGUAGUCUAAGAGAUCACCAAAAGGUUCAUAGUGAUGACAGGCCGUACAUAUGCAAUUUUUGCAGUAGUGCUUUUAAGUCAAGUAGUAAUAGAAGUAAGCAUGAACGUAGUUCACAUUCAGUUCAAUUUGAAAAGAGAAAGAUGGAAAGAGAAGCUGGAAAGUUCAAAGAUAGUAGUACAACAAAUGAUGAAGUUCCAAGUAAGAAGAUGAAAAUAGAUUCAACGCCAAUUGAGUCCAUUAUGAUCCAGUCACACAAUACGAGUAUCAAUUCUUUACCCUCACCGUCCACAACAAAAAACUCGUCACAGAAUCGAACAAAUUUCCCAUGUAGAUAUUGCGAUAGACUUUUUAAACAAACAGACAGCAGGGACAGACAUGAAGCAACACACAAAGAUUUUCUUGCAUACGACUGUGGAUAUUGUAAUAAAAACUUUAAAUCACAAGAGCUAUUGAAGGAACACAUGAAGAUUCAUAUUGAACAAACGGAAUUUCAAUGCACGUACCCCAAUUGUAAUGAAACUUUCCAAGAUCGUCGCUCGUUGAGGGAGCAUAAAAAUUCACAUGAUCCAGAGGAAUUUAUCUGUGAGCAAGAGACAUGUGGAAAGAUAUUUUAUUCAUCUAAAGCACUUAAGAACCACAAGAAACAUACAAAGCAUUAUGUCAGCACAAAUGACAACAAUGAUAAUAAUCAGGAAGCUGACAUUAUUGAAUGCGAAAUAUGUGAAGUUAAAUUUAAUAGUGACAAAAUAGCCGAACACUUGCGAUUGCAUAUUUAA